AUGGAGAAACUGCUGGUGCACCAGCUUGUCACUGCAGAAUAUCCAGCGCUCAAAUCGAAAAGCAAAUCCAGUUUCAUCCAGAUUCAAUUCGCCGACCCAGAGCGCGAAAGGAGAGACAAUGACGGGAAAGCCAAAGUGAUGAAAGAGCGGAUUCGAAAGCACGUGGGAUGUCGAUGGAUUAUCGAAGCGCUAGUCGGAGGAGACCUCACGGAUAUUGGAGACAAGACCUUCAAUCCUCUGAUGGGAUUUCAUGAAGACAUAUCAUUCACAUUGGCAGAUCUCGCGAACAGAAUAAGGUCCCGUCUGAAGGAGAAUCGCCCAAUCUUGGUAGGACACAAUUGCUUCAUGGAUUUGGUCUUCUUCUACCGGGGUUUCCUCGGCCCCCUGCCAAACACCGUAGAGGAGUUUCAGACUGUCAUGCACAGCUUGUUCCCAAUUGUGGUUGACACGAAAUAUCUCGCAACCUACGAGGCCGGUUCUAUCAACCCUCUUUCUUCUCUGGAAGAGAUUAACCGGAAGUUAGCAAUGAUAUCGACACCUACCAUAAAAGUCGAUCCAAUGCAUUCGAAGUACAUUUAUCGCAAAAGUGCUCAUGAAGCUGGCUACGAUAGCAUGAUGGCAGCGAUUGCAUUCAUAAAGCUUUCCACUCAGCUUCAGAAAGGCAAAAUCGAGUACUCCGAAAGAGCAAGAUUAGAGUUCCUUGAGAUUGCCGUUACAGAAGAGGUACCGGUCGUGAAGCAGGUUGCACGGCAAAUGGAAGAAGAGAUGGUUGCUGCCGAAUCAGACCCUGACGAUUUGAUCGACCUCAGCGAUGACGCGAGUCCACCGACAUACCGACACCGAGUCCACCCUCUGGUCGAGACGGGAUGUGCUGAGAUCGCCAGUAAGGUCCGCAAGGGAGAGUUGGUGCCUCGUCUGGGCAGCGAGUUCUGGCAGGUUUACGGGAACAAGUUGCGAGUAUUUGGUACGACGGAGCGAGUGGUUCACAUGGGCGGGAUUCCUGACUUCGGUUGA